UUGGAUUCCUGGUGUCAAUCCAGCCACAAUUAAUACCCCCUUAUGCGGGACCCUCAACAAUUGAUCCAUGUCUCUGCAACAGCGCUUACAGCAUACUGCAUUAUGGUUGUUUGUCCUCAAAAGCUGAGACUGUAUCCAGUCGUUCUUACGCCCUCGGAAUCCAGUGAGUCCGGAGGGUCCUCUGGCAACUUCUGCUUAUCAGUUUUUGGAUCGAUCCAACGAGAGGCUUAGGCGAAAGGUUGGGGAGCUCGGCCGCGCAGUGUGGUCAAUGUCGCCCACUGACCCUUAGAGGGCAGACUGACUCCGCAGUGCCAAGGACCAGGGUGGCAGCCGUCAGGAGUUUGGAAAGCUCUCUCGUUUGCACCUCUAGGGGUCAUUUUCAGGGCCAUCUCCCACCGCCACCACACACCCCACGCACACCUUCUGGGAGCAGCCCUGAGGUUACACCUGCACGCGCGCACAGACCCGCGGCUACCCACACGCUGACUCCACGCUCCCACAAUCGUGCGGGGCCUAAAGGGUUAACCCCACCUCCCACCUGGUCCCUUUGCUGCGCGAAUCCUCCCAGUCUGGAGGAAGCGGGAGGGAGAUCAUCCGCCGGCUGGGUGACUGGGACUCUGGUUCGUUUGCGCUCGGCUCUAACGCCUUUCCCGGAGCCCCGACACCCUCCCGCACCACCCCGGACACGCGCGUCCACGCCCUCGCACCUCUCUCAGCUGAGCUCCCAAACCAGCGCCUCUCGCUGUCCCCAGAGCGAGCCAGGUAGGCGAGGAGGGCCCGGCGGAGCGUCACCGCGCGGCUUCCUGCAGCGUUAGCGAGGGCGCCCGCCGAGUGGAGCUGCCCCAGAGCGGAACCGUCGGGCCACCGGGCUGCGCGGAGGGACCACGCGAGGGCGCGUGGCUGGGCGGCGGGGAAGGAGUUAAAGACCCGGCGGCACUGGGAGGGGAAGCGGCCGGGAGGGAGGUUUCGCAGCUUGGCUCUGGGCCCCGCCGGGCCCCCCCUCGGGCAGCCGGGGCUGGAGCCGCCGCCGCCCCUGCGCGCGCCCACGAACACGCGCGCGCUUCGCCCCCGCGCUCGGCGGUCCCAGGGCGCCCUCGGCUCGCUCGCCCUGGGGCACCCGCCGCUCCCCAUCCCACCCCAGCUGCCGGUGCGCCCUCCACCGCCCGCCAGCCUUCCGCGCUCCGCCCGACGCACUCCGCUCCUGCGCAGGGUCGCGCCGCCGAGCCGGACACCCGCGACCAUGGAGGGCGCACGGGCCCGCUGAGCCAUGCCCGGCCCCCCGCGGCCCGCCGGCGCCCGAGCGCGCCAGGCCCUGCUGCUGCUCCUGCCGUCUCUGCUGCUGCUCCGGGGCGGCCAGGCGGGCAACCUGACGGUCGCCGUGGUGUUACCGCUGGCCAACACCUCGUACCCGUGGUCGUGGGCGCGCGUGGGGCCCGCCGUGGCGCUGGCCCUCGCCCGCGUGGAGGCGCGGCGCGACCUGCUGCCGGGCUGGACGGUGCGCACGGUGCUGGGCAGCAGCGAGAACGCGCAGGGCGCCUGCUCCGACACCGCCGCGCCGCUGGCCGCAGUGGACCUCAAGUGGGAGCACGACCCAGCGCUGUUCCUGGGCCCGGGCUGCGUGUACGCGGCCGCCCCGGUGGGCCGCUUCACCGCGCACUGGCGGGUGCCGCUGCUGACCGCCGGCGCCCCCGCGCUGGGCUUCGGCGCCAAGGACGAGUACGCGCUGACCACGCGCGCGGGGCCCAGCCACGCCAAGCUCGGCGACUUCGUGGCGGCGCUGCACCGACGGCUGGGCUGGGAGCGCCGGGCGCUCAUGGCCUACGCCUACCGGCCCGGCGACGACCAGCCCUGCUUCUUCGUGGUGGAGGGCCUGUACAUGCGCGUCCGCGACCGCCUCAACAUCACGGUGGACCACGUGGAGUUCGCCGAGGGCGACCACAGUCACUACACCAGGCUGCUGCGGACCAUGCAGCGCACAGCUCGAGUCGUCUACAUCUGCAGCUCCCCGGAUGCCUUCAGGACCCUGAUGCUUCUGGCCCUGGACGCGGGCCUCAGUGGGGAGGACUAUGUUUUCUUCCACCUCGAUGUCUUUGGACACAGCCUGCGAGGGGCACAGACCCCUGAUCCCCGUCCCUGGGAGAGAGGAGAUGGGCAGGACAUCCGUGCCCUCCGGGCCUUUCAGGCUGUCAAGAUCAUUACGUAUAAGGAACCGGAUAACCCUGAGUACUUGGAAUUCCUAAAGCAGCUAAAACUCUUGGCCCAUGAGCAGUUCAACUUCAUCAUGGAAGAUGGCCUGGAGAACAUCAUCCCAGCAUCCUUCCACGACGGUCUCCUGCUCUACAUCCAGGCAGUGACAGAGACUGUGGCACAUGGGGGGACUAUCACCAAUGGGGAAGACAUCACUCAGAGGAUGUGGAACCGAAGCUUCCCAGGUGUGACAGGCUACCUGAAAAUCGACAGCAGCGGAGACCGGGAGACGGACUUCUCCCUCUGGAAUAUGGAUCCUGACACUGGCGCCUUCAGGGUUGUGCUGAACUACAAUGGGACUUCUCAGAAGCUGGUGGCUGAGUCAGGGCGUGAUCUGUACUGGCCCAUGGGGUACCCUCCUCCUGAUGUCCCUAAAUGUGGUUUUGACAAUGAGGACCCAGCCUGCAGCCAAGGCAACUUUUCCACCCUGGAGGUACUGGCAGUGGUGGGAGGCCUCUCGAUGCUCAGCAUCCUGAUCAUCUCCUUCUUUGUAUACAGGAAGAUGCAACUGGAGAAGGAGCUGGCCUCGGAGCUGUGGCGGGUGCGCUGGGAGGACGUGCAGCCCAGCAGCAUGGAGAGGCACCUCCGGAGUGCAGGCAGCCGGCUGACUCUGAGCGGGAGAGGCUCCAAUUAUGGCUCCCUGCUAACCGCAGAGGGCCAGUUCCAGGUCUAUGCCAAGACCGCGUACUAUAAGGGCAAUCUCGUGGCUGUGAAACACGUGAACCGUAAACGCGUUGAGCUGACUCGGAAAGUCCUGUUUGAACUGAAGCAUAUGCGAGAUGUGCAGAAUGAACACCUGACCAGGUUUGUAGGCGCCUGCACGGACCCUCCCAACAUCUGCAUCCUCACUGAGUACUGUCCUCGGGGGAGCCUGCAGGACAUUCUGGAGAACGAGAGCAUCACCCUGGACUGGAUGUUCCGGUAUUCGCUCACCAAUGACAUCGUCAAGGGGAUGCUGUUUCUACACAACGGGGCCAUUUGCUCCCAUGGGAACCUCAAGUCCUCCAACUGUGUGGUAGAUGGACGCUUUGUGCUCAAGAUCACCGACUACGGCUUGGAGAGCUUCCGGGACCCAGAGCCUGAGCAAGGACACACUCUCUAUGCCAAAAAGCUGUGGACAGCCCCUGAGCUCCUCCGAAUGGCUUCUCCUCCUGCCCGGGGCUCCCAGGCUGGCGACGUGUACAGCUUUGGCAUCAUCCUUCAGGAGAUAGCCCUGAGAGGUGGGGUCUUCCACGUGGAAGGUUUGGACCUCAGCCCCAAAGAGAUCAUUGAGCGGGUGACCCGGGGUGAGCAGCCCCCCUUCCGGCCCUCCCUGGCCCUGCAGAACCACCUAGAGGAACUGGGGCAGCUGAUGCAGCGCUGCUGGGCAGAGGACCCCCAGGAGCGGCCUCCCUUCCAGCAGAUCCGCCUGACACUGCGCAAGUUCAACAGGGAGCAGAGCAGUAACAUCCUGGACAACCUGCUGUCACGCAUGGAACAGUACGCUAACAACCUGGAGGAGCUGGUGGAGGAGCGCACGCAGGCCUACCUGGAGGAGAAGCGCAAGGCCGAGGCCCUGCUCUACCAGAUUCUGCCUCACUCAGUGGCCGAGCAGCUAAAGCGCGGGGAGACCGUCCAGGCAGAAGCCUUUGAUAGCGUGACCAUCUACUUCAGUGACAUUGUGGGUUUCACUGCGCUGUCAGCAGAGAGCACGCCCAUGCAGGUGGUGACCCUGCUCAAUGACCUGUAUACUUGCUUUGAUGCUGUCAUAGACAACUUUGACGUCUAUAAGGUAGAGACAAUUGGUGAUGCCUACAUGGUGGUUUCGGGGCUACCAGUUCGAAAUGGGCGGCUCCAUGCCCGCGAGGUGGCCCGCAUGGCCCUGGCGCUGCUGGAGGCUGUGCGCUCCUUCCGCAUCCGACACCGGCCCCAGGAACAGCUGCGCCUGCGCAUAGGCAUCCACACAGGACCCGUGUGUGCUGGUGUGGUAGGCCUGAAGAUGCCCCGUUACUGCCUCUUUGGAGACACAGUCAACACAGCUUCGAGGAUGGAGUCAAAUGGGGAAGCCCUGAAGAUCCACUUGUCUGCUGAGACCAAGGCUGUCCUGGAAGACUUCGAUGGCUUUGAGCUGGAACUUCGAGGAGAUGUAGAAAUGAAGGGCAAAGGCAAGGUCCGCACCUACUGGCUCCUGGGAGAGCGGGGAAGUAGUACCCGAGGCUGACCUGCCGCCCUGCAGUCCCUCCUCGUCCCUCCUCUCCUCCCUGGCCGGCCGGUCCUCCCCUUCCUCAGCAGCUGAAGGGCUGGAGAUGUGGUUUGAACAGCUCAGCUCUGCUGACCCCAGAGGAGGCACCAGAUGUGACCUCUGAGAAGAGGACUGGUAUGGGGGAGAACUUGGAGCUCACAGGCCUACCCACUGGCACCAUGGCCAUGUGCAGAAACACGUG